CUUCUGAAACUGUGACAAUUGCGUGCCUCUCAGUGAAAAGUAAUCUGUGAUAACGUUGAUUCAUCGCGAAGGAGUCAAGUUGAUGGAUGAUAACUUUCUGUGAAAACAAAUCGUGAGUGAGCCAGUUGCACGGGUUUGGAAUCGCACACCUGGGAGCCGAUGUCUAGUCAGGAUCAUUAAGACGGGACGUGACACGGAUUUUGCCGGGCGCGGACGAGAUGCGGCUGUUCAAGCGUCGCUGCUCGGAUCCCAGCCCGCAACUGGUGAGUCUGGCACCUCUCACCGUCGAAGACGACUUCGAGGACCCCAAACUCAAGUCCCGCUCGGGUCACUCCUCGCCAGCAAGGGCUCCAGCAACCCCUCUCACCGGAAUUCCACCCCCCGUACCGUCAGCUGCGCUUUCAACGUGGGGCAAGAAGGUCGGCAAAAAGCUCGACAAAAUGAAGAGAGCCGACUCCUCGGAGAUCCUCUCAUCCGCGGGGCGACGGAAAAAUUGGAGCCCGAGCCCAGUUCCUAGCAACAUGCCGAACGGCCAGACCUCCAGAGCGAAACGCAUCUCACGAGUGGAGUCCCUCCGGAAUCUCUUCUCCCGCGGGGGUGCCAACAACCACGCAGUCAAAAAACCCACCAAACCCUGCGAGAACGAAGAAUGGCUCAAGGAGGAAUGCCAGAGAGGCAUCACGGAUCUCUACCAACUGGACAAAGUCCUCGUGCCGAACCGCGAGAGACACUCCGGAAAAACCUCCAACUCCCGGCGAAGAGUGCUAUCCGAGAGUGUCACGGAGAGUUUCCUCGAGGAGCAGUAUCUAGUAGAAUACCUGCUCAGCCACAAGAACACUAUGGGACUCAGCGACGAGAACCACAACCUGGAGAAAGGCUUAAAGACACUGAGCUACGACGAUCUUCUGACAGCUUUCGAGACUUUAAAAGAAAGGGAUCGCAUUAAAGCGCAGAACAGUCGGCUGUCAGGAACAGCGUUGGAUCUGUGGAAGCGGAAUAACGAUAGCGGGGGCGUCAUCCCGAACGGCUCAUUCAAUUACUUAGACUCGCUAACCCGGGAGGGUGGCAAUUACGACCGACCGAAAACUAAUCGGUCCGCGAGCGAAGACUGUGAUAAUAGGUCGCCGAAAUUCCCGAAAGUUCAGUUUAAAUCUAGUUGUAAAUCAGAGUCGGACGCGGGUCUUUACUCGAGUGUGGAAAGCUCUGUCAAUAAUCUCGGAAAGAUCCUCACGAAUAUGCUCUACGUCAAGGCGGACGAGAGUGGGUACGAAAGUGAUUCGACGAAAAACGGCGCCGAUUCGCCACGCAAUUCGAUGAAAUCCGCGGCGUCUACCUGUUCCAACGACCCCGCCACCCUAUCUAGUCAUGCUCCCCGCAAGAACUGCUGUCAACCGGAGCAACUCGUCAAGUGUGAUGACGCCAAGCUUGUGCUCAACCAUGGCUCGGUUGAUCCCGAAUUUUUGGCGGUGGAGCCGGGGAUCAAGUGCAAUAAAACGGAUGAGGAGAAGCUUUCGCUCUCGAAGAUUCAUGUGCCGAGGUCGCGGUUUCUGUCGGCGCAGGAGGAACGUUCGUGUGGCGGUCGGAAGUCCCGAUGCGACUCGAGGUCCAACCCUGAGGAUCGGUCGUCCCUCCUAGGCUCGAAAUUCGCUCAGAUGGAUGGCCGAAAAUCCCACCCAGGAUCAUUUCCGAGCCCAGACCACCAAACCUUCAGACGCAAUUCAAUAUCCAGCAUAGAAGAACGUGGCUUCAGACUCCGUUCCGUCCUCGAGCCAGAUAACUCGAAACCGCCCACGAACAACCGAAGAACGAUCGUCGACAUCGUGGCCAACCGGUCACCGGUGAGGGACAUCGGUGGCGUUUCCUAUCUACGGCACCCGGCGUUGGAGCUCCCGGUCGAGGGGCGGUACCAGGCGGACAGGGUGGUGUCCAACAAGCAAGUUUUCCAAGACUCUCUAGUGUGUAAGAACUGCAAGCCGCUGCAGAAGUCUCUCGAGGGUGCGGCCUGGCCGGCGUGUCAGUCGAGCCUCUACUACCAGUUCCUAAAAAACCGGAGCUCGAAGAAGCCGCCUGCUAAUCCGGCGACAAGGACGACGAUGAGCUCGAAUGGUGGUGGAGUCAGGCAGAAGGAGUUGAAGAGGAUACGGCUCAUGAAGGACGAGACUGGUGAGCUGGGGAUCUACAUCGAGCGCCAGGACCCUUCUAGGUCCGCCGCAUCGUCCUUCAUGAUCUCCUACAUCGAGCCCAAUGGAGUUGUCGACAGGGACGGCCGAUUAUCCGUGGGCGACGAAAUCGUGAAAGUGAACAGUUCCCGUCUCCGAGGAUUGACGAUCCAAGAGGCGAGACGAACCCUCCAGAACACUCCCACGGAGGUCGAGAUCGUCAUUAGCCGGGACACGAACAAAUUCGAGCCGGACUAUCACAGUCAGGAACGAUUCGACCCGGAGAAGCGAAGUCACCACCAAACCAAACCUCCGUCCAUCACGGAUAGUGAGCUCCGGAGGAACGAUGACACUGGAAUACGACUCGAUUCGAUUUUUCAUCCCCGCGCUUUCGUCCAAUCCUCGAAAAGGCCAAAAUCCUCCUCGCACAGGACGAGGAUUGAAUUCGCGCCUACCGUCCGACAGGCAUCCAUGCCGGAGAUUAACCUUAGGGACCAUGCCUCGAACCCCAAUGUCAACAGACCUUUCCUAUCGAGCAGUCGGAGCUUCAGCAACGUUUCAGCGGCGGACAGCAACGCGGAACAAGCCAAAAGCAACGAUGCAACGCACCGUGUCAGUUCCAUCGGCGAGGAGCUCUCCCGCAAACCGCCACUACCUCUCCCGAAAUUCUCAUCCAGCAAGGUCGCGCAAGAGGCGAACGGGGAUGACCCUCCACCGGUCGUCGAACCCGUCACAGGGAUGAAGAAAUUCUCAUGUCGACCCCGGGCGCCGCCCCCUCCGGCAGCGGCCCCGCCCCCUGUCUCCAGGCACAACUCCCUCAACAUGUCUGUGUUCACCAUAACCUACGAGAAGGGCCGGGGGAAGAAAUCCCUCGGUUUCAGCAUCGUUGGAGGAUGCGACUCCCCCAAAGGGAAUCUGGGAAUUUUUGUCAAGACCAUUUUUGCCACCGGUCAAGCGGCCGAGGAGGGCUCCUUGCAGGAAGGCGACAAGAUAUUAGCUGUAAACGGUGAAUCGCUGGAUGGAUUAACUCAUGGCGAGGCAAUUGCAAUUUUCAAGGAUAUAAAAAGUGGACCUGUGAUUCUUCACGUUACAAGAAAAGAAACGGGCCGGAAUUGAUAGUAAUGAGCUUUUUUAGACCAAAAAAAAUUUAUACCUCAUUUUACACUAUGUAUGUUUCACUUGAAAUAUGUCAAAGUCAAAUAUUAAUGAAGUCAAUUUUCUACAUAAAAAAUACACAACUAAACUGACAAUGUUUUCAAUAAAAAAUAUAAAACUUUAACGCUGCAU